AUGGCAUCGGACAAUCUUCUGGAAUACACCAGGGGUAAAUCCCUAUCAAAAGAUACCAGUAUUUCAAAUUCCCCUACCUCCCCCAACUUACAGUCGCUCCUCAUCUUAUCCAACGGGCGAAUCAAGGGAAUACCGAGACGUCUAUCCGUAAUGUCAUCACGGUAUGCCUCAAUCACCCUCACUCCCGAGAGGAAGAGGGAGACUACGACUGGCUCUGGGAAAACCCAUUGGACCGGAUUGAUCCUCGACCGGCUUCUCCAUCAAGAACAUUCCACCUCGGCACUCGGUCUUGUUGAUCCCGUCCUUGUUCAAGGAGAUGGACAGCUGGGAGGAAACGUAAAGUAUGGACUUACACUUGGACAUUUGGUUCAAGCAGGAUCUAAAGUCCUUGAAAUGUUUGGUAAUGCCACCACGGAACGUAAUAUCAAUUCUUCUAGGUUUAUAAAGCUUAUCGAGGUAACCUUCGCCGUCCCCACCAUUCAACCAGACCUUGAUUCGGAACCCAUUACCCCCAAACCUUAUCGUGUCCAAUAUCAAGCCUUCGGAUUCCAACUCGGUCAACUCCUCUCUAACACCAACCCCAAUCUAGGGUUUCACGCAUUGGUAAAUCUACCACAGAUGAUAAAAGUUCAUUUCGGACAUUUAGGGAUUCAUACCGCCAGAGCAUUCGUCAAUCUCGCGACCGUACCCAAGCCCAACAAUUGUUUUUUUGGAAACACUUUGAAAUGGAUUGAUGAUGCUGUCAAAUCUUUGUCAGAAAUCCGUACCAGCGUCAAAGGAGGCGGUCCUAAAUGGUAUAAAAAUAGGGGAUUCCCAUUGGAUUUCCCAAUUGCUUUUUUCUUACGUGUCAAACGGGUUCUUUCACCUUUGGAUAUUGUAUCUUUCUCAACCACCACCGGCGACACAUUUUCACACGGUAUAGAUGAUGUCUCAUUUGGAUCUCAGGAUUAUCUCGGUUUAGCUCUUUCAUCAUUUUCCAAUAAUAACACCGACGAGCUCACUCACGACACUCACAACACCGACGAGCUCACUCACGACACUCACAACACCGACGAGCUCACUCACGACACUCACAACACCGACGAGCUCACUCACGACACUCACAACACUCACGACACGACACUCACAACACUCACAACGAACGAAUCCGUCAACCUCGCCGCGGAAGAACGAGCGAUAGGUUCGAGUUUGUCAAUGGAGCAAUGGGUAAAGUCGAAUUUUGAUAUGGACGAUUUGGAUUGGUUGAUUGAUGGUUGUGGACAUGUUUGGGAGAUGUGA